AUGGUCGCCGAGCUCAAGAAGCUGGCCUCUUCGGCCGCUGGCAAACACGCCGCCUACAAGAAAUACACUGUGCAACCCACCGGCAUCUGGAAGCGUAUCGGUGACUUCUUUGCUGUCGACCCCAAGCGCUCCUCGGGUAUCCCUCUCAACCCUCAGUACCGUCUUCCCUCCCCUGGAACCGUGGAUCCCAAGCUCUACGACGACCCAACCACCGUCCCUGCUGCCGACCUUGCCGAGAACCCUUACUGGAAGCGCGAUGUCCGCAGACAAUACCCCAAGCUCAGCGUUGUCAAACAGCCAGACGUUGUUGGUCUCUUGACUGUUGGAAGUGCACAAAACCCCAAGGAGAAUGUUCUGCAAAUCGGCGACGCCGGCGCCAAGCAGUUGGUCUCGUUGAAGGAGGAGGGUGAGAAGGGUCUUUCGGCCUUCUUCCAAAAGGACAACAAGGCUGGCCUCAGUGUGCUGGGUGCCAACGGGCUGCCCCCAUUCCCUACCUCAAGAUACCCCUCAUCCACUCCCAAGCGCUACGAGAUGCUCAAGGAGCAGUCUUACAGCACAAACUACCCUUGCAGAACGUUCGAGUAG